AUGUUUCUAGUUGGGAGCCUCGUUGUCCUUUGUGGGCUGCUGGCCCAGAGCUCAGCCCAGUUGGCAGGCCUGCCCUUGCCCCUGGGCCAGGGUCUGUCCUUGCCACUGGACCAGAGCCUGCCCUUGCCACUGGACCAGGGCCUGCCUUUGCCUGUGACCCCAGGUCUGCUUUCAAAUCCCACAGACCAUCUUGCCGGAAGCUUCACAGAUGCUCUAAGUGGUGGCCUGCUGUCCGGCGGACUGCUGGGCAUUUUGGAAAAUAUUCCACUCCUGGAUAUAUUAAAGUCUGGAGGAGGCAAUACUAAUGGCCUGGUUGGGGGCCUACUUGGAAAACUGACAUCAUCUAUCCCUCUCCUGAACAACAUUCUUGACAUAAAAAUCACUGAUCCCCAGCUGUUGGAACUUGGCCUUGUGCAGAGCCCUGAUGGUCAUCGUCUCUAUGUCACCAUCCCUCUGGGUUUGACACUCAAAGUGAAUACGCCCCUGGUUGGAAGUCUUUUGAAAUUGGCUGUGAAGAUGAACAUCACUGCAGAAGUCUUAGCCGUGAAAGACAAUCAGGGGAGGAUCCACUUGGUCCUCGGUGACUGCACCCACUCCCCUGGCAGCCUGCAAAUCACCUUGCUCAAUGGAGCCACUCCACUUCAAAGCGUCUUUGACAGCCUCACAGACAUCUUGACUAAAGUCCUUCCUGACCUGGUGCAAGGCAAGGUGUGUCCUCUGGUCAAUGGGAUUCUCAGCCAUUUGGAUGUCACCCUGGUGCAUGAUAUUGCUGAAUUAUUGAUCCAUGGAUUACAAUUUGUCAUCAAGGUCUAG